AUGGACCACCCUAAAGACUUCCGCUCGACGGUCCUGCAGGCGCCCUCCCGUCACGAUGAUCGCGACGACGACCGUGAUCGCGACCGCCGCCGCCAUCGCGACAUCAUGAAUCCCGCGCCCGGCAGCACGCGCCAUUCGGGCUUCAACUUGCGAUCGCCUACCCAGUCCGAGUACCAUCACCCCCCGCACUCUUCCUACUCGUCGCCCAAAGCAGCCUCGUCGACGUCCCAUGCGCUCCCGCAUCACUCACCGCGAUCCCAUCAGUCCGGCCUGUCGCAUCCGAAUCCUUACUCCUCCUCGACGGCUGCCGGCGGUCCGCUUGCGCCCUCCUCGGGAGCUGGACAUCAUCAAGCUCCGCCGUUGUCGCCGUUGCACCCCCCGAGCGGAUACUACCCGCCACCCGAGUCGCAUCAGACGCGCGAGAAGCCUGCUACGAGCAGCUACUACGAUCCGUUGACUGACACUACAAGAGAAAGGAGGGUGUCUGACGCAGGUUGGAACAUUAAUGCGGCCAAUGGCUCGCCCAAGGUAAGAGAUAAUUCCGUAAUCUUGUCAUUCAUGAUUCAACUACCACGGUGGCAUCGCAUUGGUGUAUAUACGAUGCGAUGCUGCCUGGUGUAUUCCCGUGUUUGCUACUGCUUCUUGUCCUGGCUCUGUACCAUCCUUACCCAUCGUCACCUCCCAAGAAGCUCCUCCAUGCUAUCAUUCCAACCUUGGCUUCCCCUGCUGCUCUUCCUCGUGUACCGUAGCAUCCAGCACCAGCAGAGACAGCAAUAG